AUGGAGUCAAGCAACAAAGGUAAAGAUGCAGGCAAUUUGUUGGAAAAGGUCAAAGUAAGGAAGUCAGAGAAGAAAGAAAUACUGGAUGGACUAGGAAAUUUAUAUACAACGAUCGAGGAACUAAGGCGCCAAGUAAGUGUUUGCAGUCAAAAUACUAGGAUCAAAAUUUUGCUACAAUGUUAGAUUUUCUCGGUGUCAAAAGUCUAUAUUUUUAAUUGUAAAGUGUGUUAAUUUAAACAUAAAUAGGGUUAAAUAAGCUUCAAACUAAACACUUUAGUAACUUGUAUUAGUACUUGUCAUAAAAAGGAAAGUGACCCACCUUCCCUGCUCAAAAACUGCUGAACUUUUGUAUAUGAAUUAUUUGUGCCACUAACCGUAUUCUUAAAAAAAUUUAGAUUUUGAGUUUUAAAAUUUAAAUAUUUGAUUUUCCUACCAAUUUGGCGAUGUGUUGCCCGCUUUUUUUUGAUGUUCUGGAUAAGAUAAUAUCUCAUAUUAUGUUUACAACUCAAAAAGUUUAUUUUAAUUUUAAGGUUGUCUUUCAUUAUGUCCAAAAAAGAUUAGUAAAGGUUCAAAGACUGUUAUAAGCUUGAAACACUAUGGCCAAUUUGGUGGGAAAUUCAAAACGUCAUUUUUCGAUCUUGCUUUUCUUGAUUUUGGAUGGAAAGCGCGAUUUAGUACCUUGCUGAAGAUAUUAUGUUCACAUGAUUUUCAAUUAAAAAAUCAGUCAAUCAGAGCGGGACAGUUGAGGUACUUUUCUUGUAAGCUAUGCUCUAGUUUAGCCAUGUACCAUUCGUCGGGUUGUAAGAACCAAAUCGGGAGAGGUUCACCUGUACGUCAAAAACGAAAAAACUUGAAAAUAGGUCUACAGGAGAAAUUUUGCGACCUCUUCCCCCCUCCCCCCUCAGGGAAAAACAUAAUAAUUUAAAUUUUUUGCUUUAACUUAACGCGUUGAAGAUUGAAAACAAUAUUUAUCUGACGUAGUAUUGUAAUGGGUACUUGCUACAUGCACUCUGAUUUGUAAUUCGUUAAUUUUUUAAGUUAGGAUAAGUAAUUUUAACAGUACACGUUCUUUAACAGAACUCCCACCUCGUAUUUUAUUUAUAAUCUUUGACAAAUUCUAAAAUAAUGAAUUUAUAGAUCAGAAAAGGAAUCUAUAUUCGUAUUUGCGUAAUGUGUGUAUUAGCCCUCAUCCUCAGUUUUGCUUGGUUGUACAUGAUUUUGAAUUUGUAA